AUUUGUACAUGUCAAUGUCUCCCCAUCUGAUUAUCUCCAGCGAUGUUGACGGUUCCGAGAUUCGAGUUAUUCACGCCGUCAUACAAAUGAACGAAGCCGUUAGCUCGUUUGCUACUAUUACUGCUACAUUCAUCACCCCACGUUAGUACUACUUCCACACGGUCCUGCGAAACAACCAUCCAGCUUCUCAACCAGCCCCAACUUUCCAACUUGGAACCCAUCGUUCCAUUGUACAGCUAUGUGCGAAGGAGUAUAGACAUCAUGGUGACGAAUCUGCCUAUAAUCAGACGUGGCUCGCCGCUACGCAACAAGGGCGCUCGCGAGAAAGCCGCUGCUGCGAGGGAUGACAAAGAUCAUGCUGGUAGUACAUCGCAGCAGACCUCGGCGACUAUUAAUGAGGCGCUGAGGAAUAAUCCGUUCGGAACCUCUUUAAGGGCUCGCGCUGCGGAUGGUAUGGGAGAGCGGCAUGCAGAGAAGAGGACGGUGUCGAGUGAUUCUCUCGAUAAUAACAAUAAUAGCAGCGGCAGGGAAGAUGUUCUGUCGCAGGUCCCCGCAGACACGCGGGUAUUUGAUCGCGAAGCUGAGGAGCGGGCGCAGGAGCUGGAUGAGUUGAAUAAAUCGCUGCGUGUACUCGCGCAUCUAUUCCCGGAUAUCCGUGUCGAAGUGUUCCGUGAGCUGUUGAUGCGGUUUGAUGGCGAGAGUCGGCUGCAUGUUUGUGUAGAGCAGCUGCUGCGGCAUAAGAAGCAGUGGGUUCAAGGGCGAUGGAAACUGCAGAAUGAUUCGGGGGGAGAGGGUUGUCAGAGCGAUGGUAAUGAGGGGGGUGAUGGGGUAGCCCUCGAGGAACUCUUUCGCAGCGACCAGUAUAGGAAUGCUGUUAAAGCGGUCUUGUGUAAGGAGUUCAGCGGGCUCAGUCGAAGUGCAAUCGAAGCAGUGCUUGCUGAAGUCAAUUUCUCGUAUUCGCGUGCGAGGCCGACGCUGAGAGAUCUGUCGCGGAAGGGCUGGCGUGCGACGCUGAGUAGUCUGAAUCCGUUCAAACGGAAGAAGGAUAACAAGGACGAUAACCCGCUUGUGGUCUGGGAUAAGACUGCAGGAGGGAAUCUGCUGCCGCGGUUGAAAAAGACUGGCUCCGAUGAGCUUGAUGGAGAAGUACAUGGCGCACUGAUAGCGCCUCUUCUGCUCGAGCAGAAAGAGACUCAAGAGUUUCAGGACUUUCAACUUGCAUUACAGUUGAACGAGAAUGAGGCAAAGAUGGAAAACGCUCUAUAUGAGUGUCAGUGUUGUCUGGAUGAUGUGGCAUUCGAGCAGAUUUCAACAUGUUCAUCUCACGGCCAUGUGAUAUGCUUCAGCUGCAUUCGGAGAACAAUGCAUGAAGCUCUUUUCGGUCAAGGCUGGGACAAUUCUGUUGAUUCAGCCAGAUCUACUCUCAAAUGUGUGGCUCCUGUCAGCCACGGCGUCUGCGACGGAUAUCUAAGUCCAGCCCUCACCAAACAAGCCAUACUCUUGGAGAAAGCGGGCUCGGAGACAUUCCUCAAAUUCGAGGAACGCGUGGCUUCAGAAGCAAUUCUGAAAUCCAAGCUCAAACUCGUCCGGUGUCCCUUCUGCGCCUACGCAGAAGUUGAUCCGGUAUUUCACCCACCAAGUCAAACACUGUUAUGGCAGUUCCGACGCGGAAAUCUAUUAUCUACGAUUUUAACGACUAUUUUUCUUCUCGAUCUGAUACCCCUACUUGUUAUACCCCUCGUUAUCCUCUGCCUAUUCUACCCGGACACCAUCGCCGCCAUCUUCCGCACCUCACUACAAAACAUGGGCCUACGAUCUCGCAAUAAACGCUUCUUAUGCAAAAACCCUUCCUGUCAACGAACCAGCUGCAUGACCUGCCAAAAGACCUGGCGCGACCCACACUCCUGCGAAGAACCCCUGCAACAAUCCCUCCGCACAACCGUCGAGGCUGCCCGCACCGCUGCCAUCAAACGCACAUGUCCGCGCUGCAACUUAUCCUUCGUCAAAUCCUCCGGCUGCAACAAACUCACCUGCGUGUGCGGCUAUUCGAUGUGCUAUCUGUGCCGCAAGGCACUGAACGGCUCCUCCAGGCGUCCCCGACAGCUAAACGGAGCUCAAUACGGUCCUGCUGCCGAUAACAAUCCCAUUGAGCAAGACGCUGCCGAUGAAGACGGCGGUUACAAGCAUUUCUGUGAACACUUCCGCGUCAACCCCGGCACGCGGUGCUCGGAAUGCAACAAAUGCGAGCUGUAUCUCGCCGAAGACGAGGAGGAAAUCGCACGGAGAGCUGGAGAGAAGGCUGAACGGGAGUGGAGACUUCGACAGUCUCUAAACACCAACCCCAAAACUUCCACUACUCCCUCUACCUCUCCCUCUACCUCUACCUCUACUGGGUCUCUAUGGACCCCGGACUCCACACAGCAACAGCAGCAACAACAACACCUCCUCAACUCCGUCCUCCACUCAGCCAAAGCAACGCACGGCUGGCGCAAUCACCCCUGGCGGUACUGGUUAAACGAGGUAUGGCGUGACGAGCGGUGGCAGUGGGAGGUGCAGGCUGCCGCGGAUAUGAUUAUUGAGAAGGUCAUUGUUGUUAAUGUCUGACCACCUCUCCACUCUACUUCCAUCCUAAUAUCUGACUUGCUGCUUAAUAAUAUGGUUGAUAUGACAAUCUUUAAUAAACUCAGCGAGGAGAUUUAUGUCCGAUAGGUCCAUUUUCAUUCCUGGCUCUUUCUGAUGUGUAUUUUAUCUAUGAUUGUUUUCGGGUUUGUGGGUUUAGGUUAGGUGCAUUGCUAGGAUGCUGGUUUCCUACCGGAUUAUGUUUAGCGGAAGAGAGAAAACGGAAUUAGAAACGAUGAUUUCGGUCUAACUUACAUUGAAAAUUAUCUGAUAUGGAUCAGCCU